UCUUUGACAGAGAAAACAGUUGAAAUUGAAACUUUGAAACGGGAUUAUUUUAAUUUUUUGAGAAUUUUUGUAAAUAUUUACGGCUUAUUCAAAUAACCUUUCACAUCAUUAAUUUAGAAUACAGCUUUACAGUGGUAUUAUUUCAAGUUGCUAGAAGAAAUUGAAGAAAAUACGAUACAACGCGUGACAAUGGAAGUGGAUAGUGUAGAAACCUGGAAUAAUCCUCCAGACGGAGGAAAAUUCGCUAAUUUGAAAGCGUUUGUGACUGCUGCUCGUGAGUUUGAGGCAACUCAUAGUGAAUCUGCUGUUAAUAUGAUGAACCGGUACUUGGGUCUCAUCGCCUCAUCAUGUGACCUGACAAUAUUCUCUCCUGGGCGGUCAGAAGUGUGUGCUUUCUUUAGUUCCUUGUGGCGAGUAAUGUGCGAUAGCAGAUGCCCACAUUGGGCUGGUGUGGCUGUGUUGUCUCGUGCUGCAAUAGAGCCGAGCGCUAGACAUGCGUUGACGCACACUUACAAAUUUAUGCCAAUUCUAUCCAGACUGUUAUCAGAUACAAUAUCAAAUGACAAGAAAAUCAAACUUCUGUCAGUAAUGCAGGAAAUAUCAUAUGGCAUUAAAAUAAGCUGGCAGGAGUCAUACUUGUCAAGUUUGAUGAAACAGCUGACGGACUGGAUCACCCAGCCCAUGACGGAGCCUCAGGAACGCACAAUUGGGCACAAAUCGCUCACUGUACUCGUAAAUGUGUGCUACGGAAACUUGCCAGCUAUAUACGCGCUUAUGAGGACUGUGGACACUAAGGAUUUUGUUGUGCAUCUUAUUAGCUUGAAGGACGGUGGUUACGGCGGCGUAGAAGUAUGCAGACUCCUGCUGUGCUUAUCUGGAGCAACUCGGGGCGCGGCCGCGACUCGCCAGCCCGACGUGCAUAGCUAUCUGAACUGCACCAUGCGGACCUUCAAUAAGGCUAUUGUCGAGCAAGACGCAACGCAGCUGCUGCACGCGUACACUUUCAUUAACGAUCUGUGCAGCGAUAGCAACUUGCGCGGCUUCGUGCUUACCUACUCGCACUUUUCGCAAGCCUUGAACGAUGGCGUGAAGGAUGUGGACAGCUUAUGCAAGAUAAACCCAGACGAUGCGCCGGAGCCGGAACAGUUGAUCAACUGCGUCAGAAACGCGCUGAAGUUCCUCACAGUUAUUGUUAGUUUAGAUUUAUAUUCGCUGCGGUGUCACCACAGCCAGCUGGUUUGCCUGUGUAUGAAGGCGAGCCGCAUUUGUUUGCCCGAGGCGUUGGAGCUCUUUGCCGCAAUUAUUUUACAGUACAGAGACGAAGGCCGGGUCCCGCACGAGCUGAUACUGGUCAUAAGCGACGGGCUCCCGGGCUUGCUGGUGUCGCCGGCCUUGGAGCCUGGCAAAGCGGGCGUGCAAUGGUUGCAAGUAGUGGGAGCAUUGUGCGAAUCAACGGAAACGCAAGAGCGCGUCCUCCAAGAAGUCACGCCGGACACCUUUGAAGACAUGUUGUACAGUGUGUUGCAGUAUACAUCACAAAACGGCCAAGUGGGACAGGAGUCUGCCCAGCAAUCGGUGGUGGUCGGUUGCAGAACAGCUUUAGCGCUCGCGCCUUUAUCCAGGGACUGGGAGGCUGCGCUCAACAGGCUGCUGGCCCAUCAUCAGGUCCGCAAACUGCUAUGCGCUGGGCUUACGAGCGGCAACGGCGCCAGGCGGAGACAGAUCCUGCAACUAGUCAAGCAUCACUACUUCCCUUCGGAUCAAAUGAACCAGGUGUUCGGCGAGAGCCUCCACUGCAUGGGUGACGUCACUCCCUCCGAGGCGUCCCCGCGCCCUGACGGCGACGGCGAGGGAGCGUGGGCCCAGCGCGUGCCGCCCGCGCAGGAGCACGCCAUCUCGCAGCUGCUGCACCAGCUCACUGCUGCUCUACACGCGGGCCAGCGCGUGCCGCCCGCGCAGGAGCACGCCAUCUCACAGCUGCUGCACCAGCUCACUGCUGCUCUACACGCGGGCCAGCGCGUGCCGCCCGCGCAGGAGCAUGCCAUCUCGCAGCUGCUGCACCAGCUCACUGCUGCUCUACACGCGGGCCAGGUGUGUAUACAGCAGCCUGCACGGUGA